AUGACAGACCAGGAUAAAAACAACAUCUCCAGUAACCCCUUUGCUGCUCUCUUUGGUUCCCUGGCCGAUGCCAAGCACUUUGCAGAGAUCCAGAAGAAACAGCUGAAGCAGCAAUCUGAUGAACCCUCAGCUAGCCCUGAUGACUGGGAUAACAGUGUGUCAGAGAGCCUGGAUGACUGUGACUACUCUGUCUGUGAGAUUAACCAGUCAUUCCGUUCCAAGCAGGAGCUAUGUGAGCAGCUCAACAUCAAUCACAUGAUCCAAAGAAUUUUCCUCAUCACCCUGGACAACAGUGAUCCAAGUAUGAAAUGUGAGAAUGGGAUCCCCAGCCGUUGCGUAUUUUUGGAGGAAAUGGCAGGAGACCUGGAUGAGCAAGACUGGCUUGAUAGGAACAACAUUGAGCAGGCACUCUUUACACGAUUGCUGCUUCAGGAUCCAAGCAACCACUUGAUUAGCAUGACCUGUUCCACAACAUUAAACCUCUCUGCAGAUCGAGAUGCAGGGGAGAAGCACAUUCUUUGCUACCUUUAUUCCUGUUUCCUAAGAGCAAAAGAGGAGAUUACCAAAGUACCAGAAAACUUGCUGCCCUUUGCUGUGAGAUGUAGGAACCUAACUGAGUCUAAUACCCGAACUGUCCUCCUCACCCCAGAAAUUUAUGUUGGCCAGAAUGUCUAUGAUCAGCUGGUAGACCUGAUGUUGGAAGCAAUUCGAGGGGCCCAUUUUGAAGAUGUAACUGAGUUCCUUGAAGAGGUCAUUCAAGCCCUGACAAUGGAUCAGGAAGUUCGGACAUUUCAAGAAGUCAUGGUUCCAGUAUUUGACAUUUUUUUGAGCAGAAUAAAAGACUUAGAUCUCUGUCAAAUCUUGCUAUACACAUAUCUAGAUAUGCUCCUCUAUUUCACAAGGCAGAAGGAUAUUGCAAAAGUUUUUGUAGAGUACAUUCAGCCUAAGGACCCCAGCAAUGGACAGAUGUACCAGAAGACCUUACUAGGAGUAAUUCUGAGUAUCUCCUGCUUAUUAAAGACUCCAGGGGUAGUGGAGAAUCAUGGCUACUUCUUGAAUCCAUCCUGGUCCAGUCCUCAAGAGAUCAAAGUGCAGGAGGCCAACAUCCAUCAGUUCAUGGCUCAAUUCCACGAGAAGAUUUACCAGACGCUGAAGAACUUGCUCCAGCUCUCUCCAGACACCAACAUUGGACUUGUCCUGGAUUGGAAACUGCCUAUAUGCCUAUAUGCCAAUACAGGCCAUACCAAGAUCUGGGCCAAUCAGAUGCCAGAAAUCUUCUUCCAGAUGUAUGCUUCAGAUGCCUUCUUCCUGAAUCUGGGUGCUGCCCUCCUGAAGCUGUGCCAGCCUUUUUGCAAACCUAAAUCCCCUAGGCUGCUAACCUUUAACCCUACCUACUGUGCCCUCAAAGAGCUGAAUGAUGAAGAGAGAAGGAUAAAGAAUGUGCAUAUGCAAGGUUUAGAGAAAGAGACCUGUUUAAUCCCUAAAGAGAAUGAUCAGGAGAUACAGUUUGCCCAAAACUACAACCUGGUGACAGAGAACCUGGUCCUGACACAGUACACCUUGCAUGUGGGGUUUCACAGGUUAAUACACGAUCAGAUGGUAAAAAUCAACCAGAGCUUGUACCGGCUGCAGGUCGCCUGGCGUGAAGCUCAACAAAGCGCCAGCCCUACUGCAGACAGCCUCCGAGAGCAGUUUGAGCGCCUGAUGACCAUCUAUCUGUCCACCAAGACUGCCAUGACUGAGCCACAGAUGCUGCAAAACUGUCUCAAUUUGCAGGUGUCCAUGGCUGUUCUUCUUGUUCAGCUAGCCAUUGGCAACCAAGGCACAGAGCCAGCAGAGCUAACCUUCCCUUUGCCAGAUCAGUAUAGCUCUUUGGCUUAUGUGCCAGCUGCCACAUCACAAUUGCUGGUUGCACUUGAGCUUGGAGGCCACUGA